GUUGAGAUACCGUAAACUAUAUACCGUAUCCAGUGUUAUAUAUUAGUACUUUUUAGUAAUAACUUAUAUUGCACUAGAGAGGUAAUUUUCUCUCUGGUUACACCUUACACCGUGCUUUUGACAUUGUGACAAAGAGAAAAUUGUUGGUUGCCGUAUAGUCCAUAACAGCAUUUGACACAGAUCUGCUUAGGAUUAAAGAUCGUAAUCGUAUUUUUGAUUUAGCCUACGAUUUAUCAUGGGUUGCGAUGGUGGAACUAUUCCUCGCAGAGAUGAACUCGUAAGAGUUAAAAAGAAACCAGAGCAGAAAGAUAAGGAAGCAGAGUUAGCAUUUAAAUGGAGACACUGUACAAUUAAACAAUUACCAUUACAGUCACCAGUUGUUGGUUGUGCUUUAGGUCGUCUUUAUAGUAAAGAGUCUGUAUUAGAAGGCCUCCUUGAUCGAAAUACUCUUCCAGAAUCAGCACAACAUAUUAAAACUUUGAAAGAUGUAAAGAAUUUAAAUUUAACAUCUAAUCCAGCAUUUGAGGGUAACAAAGCAAAAAAGGGAGAUUGUUAUAUUGAUGAAAGAAAGAGUCCAUAUAUUUGUCCACUUAUUGGGCUAGAAAUGAAUGGAAAGUAUAAAUUCUGCUUUUUAUGGUCAUGUGGCUGCGUAAUGAGUGAAAGAGCCCUUAAGGAAGUCAGAAGUAAGAUAUGUCAUCAAUGUCAACAGCCUUUUAAUGAAACAGAUAUUGUUAUUAUAAAUGCAGAAGGUGAUGAUCUUAAAUUAAUGGAAGAAAAUAUGACCCAACGAAAAACAGCUCAGAAAAAAUCUAAAAAACAGAAACAUAAUGAAGAUAAUCAAACGCAAGAUGUUAGACAAGAGGAAGUACCAAAGAAAAAAAUGAGGAAAGAGGAUAAAAAUGGUACUGUGAAGGUCAAUAGUAAUAGGACUGAAGCUGAAGAUCCAGCAUAUAAAAAAGUUAAAGAUAAUUACAGUGUUGCUAAAGAUCCCAAAGCAUCAGAAGUAUUCAAAAGUAUUUUUACGACUCAUAAAUCUGCAGCAGAACAAGAUAGGGCACAUUGGGUCACAUAUAAUCCAUUUUAUAAUUAAAAUAUAAUUUUAAUGUGAAUGUUCUAAAAGUAAUUAAUAUUAUGUUUAUAUAAAAAAUACUUAAAAUUCAUUGCAAACACAUUGUAAACAUUAAAAUCAUUUCUGUGUCAUUAAUUAAAUAGCUUUAUAUAUAAAAA